AUGGGCUCCGAAGGAAGAAAGCUCAUUUGCGUCGUCGGUGCCACUGGCAACCAGGGAGGAUCCGUGGCUCGGCGGUUUCUUGCCGCCGGGUUCCGAGUCCGUGGUCUCACUCGCAAUUCUUCCUCUCCCGCAGCCAUAGAGCUUGCAUCACAAGGCGCAGAGCUGUUCGAGGCGAAUCUCGACGACCCAAAUAGCCUCGAUCAGGCAUUUGCCGGUGCGAAUGUCAUUUUCAGCGUCACCGACUACUGGGAGCCCUUCUUCCAUCCGGAGUGCCGUAAGGCUGCCGAGGCACAAGGAAUUUCGUACCGUCGAUUUGCGUACGACACAGAGUAUCGCCAUGGCAAGAACAUAGCCGACGCCGCAGCAAAGAUUGCGGAUUCGCUGGAUGCAAAUGGCUUCCUCGUUUCAACCUUGAGCCAUGCGGGCAAAUGCAGCGGCGGCAAGUUCAAGGAGCUGUAUCACUUCGACUCCAAGGCCGACGUCUUCCCAACAUACGUCGAAGAGCACUAUCCCGAGCUUGCGGCCAAGAUGUCGUGCAUUCAGACGGGCUUUUUCUACACAAGUUUCAAUAUACUGCCCAAUUCUUAUUUUGGAAGACUUCCUGAUGGACGAGUCGAGAUGGCCUUUGCUACGGUUCCUACAAAGACCAUCCCCCAUUUCGCUCCCGUCGACGAUAUGGGUCCUUUCACCUAUGCCGUCUGGCAAAUGCCCCCUGGAAAGCAUUACAUGGCCGCGGGAACAAACUGCACCUGGCCCGAGUUUAUCGAGACUUGGAGCAAAGUCUCUGGCGUCCCAGCCACCUACAGACAAAUUUCUCCCGAGGAGAUGAUCAAGGCAACUGGCGAGCCGCAGCUUGGAGGCGAGAUUACCGACAUGUUCUUGUACAGCUCACAACCAGGCUAUGACGGUGGCAUGGAUGUAUUGCAGGCAGAGGAUAUCAGAAAGGCUGGCAUUGACUGUCCCAUGACAACGUGGGAGGAGUGGGCAAAGAGACAGGACUGGGUGGCUAUUCUCGCUCGUUUGCAUGGCACUGCUUAA